GUUUGAAAGGCGAUCGGGUUGCUUCCAUGAGACGACAACGACUUACAUCGACAAGUUUCCAUUUACCUCGACUGGCAACUCCAAACUCAAGACUGCUAUAUAGGUGCUCACCAUCACCACCACAUCAAAGUCACUAUCGCUGCUUGAUCAUCGGACGGCACAAGCUGACGUGAAUUCCGCGGCCUCAAGACACAGCUGUGUAUCAUACUCAAAACAGCUGGCGACCAUGUUCAUCAUCAACUGGUUCUGGGACGUACUUGCCCAGCUAGGUCUGGCUCACAAGAAUGCCAAGAUCUUGUUUUUGGGUCUGGACAAUGCAGGAAAGACGACGCUGUUGCACAUGCUGAAAAACGACCGUCUCGCCACGCUCCAACCUACUUUGCAUCCAACCUCCGAAGAGCUUGCCAUCGGAGCUGUCAAAUUCACCACCUACGAUCUGGGAGGUCACACUCAAGCGAGACGUCUUUGGAGAGACUACUUUCCCGAAGUAGAUGGAAUCGUCUUUCUGGUCGACUCUCAGGAUCACGAGCGAUUUGGAGAGGCGCGCGCUGAGCUGGAUCAGCUUUUGAGCAUCGAGGAGCUCAACAGGGUUCCUUUCCUCAUCUUUGGAAACAAGAUCGAUGCCGAGGGCGCUGUUUCCGAGGAGGAGUUGAGAGCUGCUGUUGGCCUGUACCAAACGACUGGCAAGGGCAAGGUCCCUCUUAAGGACAUUCGACCUAUUGAGAUGUUCAUGUGCUCAGUCGUCAUGCGCCAGGGCUACGGCGAGGGCUUCCGUUGGCUCUCGCAGUACAUCUAAAGCGCCCAUUACGAGCGAACAGACAGAGCGAUAGCUUUGCGCGAUCGCUGAUCCCAAACAAGAAAAUGACUCUACAACACACGGAGCGAUUCCGCAAUGGCUGUACAUCAUUUCCGCUGCCGUGUGGCCGGGUCAAUCGAUAACUUGCUCUCGA